CGGCCUAGACCCCCGCGUGGGCCCCGCGCCCCAGCCGCUGCUGCCGCCGAGCCCCGGGCACCGCGAUGCAGCGGCCAGGGGAGCCGGGCGCAGCGCGCUUCGGGCAGCCCGAGGGCUGCGCUGACCACCGGCCGCACCGCUACCGCAGCUUCAUGAUCGAGGAAAUCCUCACUGAGCCUCCGGGGCCCAAGGGCGCCGCGCCUGCCGCCGCCGCCGCCGCCGCGGGCGAGCUGCUCAAGUUCGGCGUGCAGGCGCUGCUGGCGGCGCGGCCCUUUCACAGCCACCUGGCGGUGCUGAAGGCUGAGCAGGCGGCAGUUUUUAAGUUCCCGCUGGCGCCGCUCGGCUGCUCCGGGCUGGGCUCGGCGCUGCUUGCCGCGGGGCCUGGGCUGCCCGGCGCUGCCGGCGCGCCGCACCUGCCGCUCGAACUGCAGCUCCGCGGGAAGUUGGAGUCGUCAGGCGCGGGGGAGCCAGGCACCAAGGCCAAGAAGGGGCGUCGGAGCCGCACUGUGUUCACCGAGCUGCAGCUGAUGGGCCUAGAGAAACGCUUUGAGAAGCAGAAGUACCUCUCCACGCCGGACAGAUCUCGCCGAGUCCCUGGGUCUGAGCCAGUUGCAGGUGAAGACAUGGUACCAGAAUCGAAGGAUGAAGUGGAAGAAAAUAGUGCUGCAGGGCGGCGGCCUGGAGUCUCCCACCAAGCCCAAGGGGAGGCCCAAGAAGAACUCCAUACCCACGAGCGAGCAGCUCACGGAACAGGAGCGCGCCAAAGAAGCAGAGAAGCCGGCCGAGGCGUUGGGAGAGGCCGGCGACCGGAGCCACGAGGACUGAGAGCCGCUGAGGGUGCGGACGCGGGGACUCCCGCCCCCUGCAGUCCGCGGCCCCCACAACUCGCAGGAUGCCGAGAGUCGGCCCUUCCGCGUUCACGCCGUUUGCUUUCUAAACUUUUUAUUAUUACUUUGAAUGCGGACAGUUAGGGGCCAAACCAGGAAGGACAGACCCUGAAGCCAAUCCCAGGCCCCAGUGCGCUCGCGGGCUCUUGUCUGGAAACUCACGUCCAGCGUCAACGGAAGGCAGUCCCCGCCCGGGGCUCCGCGGCGCCCGGCGCUCCACGCGCAUUCACGCCCCGCUCCUCUCCUGCACUCCCACUAGCCUGGAGCCGGCCCCCCGGGGCCGGGACGCCGCCAGGCACACACCCGCUUCCGCGAGUCGGACCCCGCGGCCCGGCGCCGGCCACAAAUGGCCCAACAUGGCGCCCGGACAACCCGACGUCGCUGGGGCCCCUACCCCUCUCUUACGAAGACGGUGAUUUUUUUUUCCAAUAAAAUAUUUUAUGACACA